UUGUAUUCGAAAACGUCACUCAAAUUUUCUUCCAUGGAUGUUGUAAUUCAACAAACAAAAACUGUGCUUUGUUAUGUGUUAAAAAUAUACAAAAUCGUAUUUUAUUUAAGUUAGUGAUUAAGUAAAAUGGCAGAUUUUGAUGCAAUUUACCCGGAUGAGACUGAAAGUGAAGAGAAUAUAGAGGAGACUCAUGUGACAUUAGUGCCUGAUCCUAUAGUCGUACGGGGAGCUGGUAACAUGACAGUUUUUGGUUUAAGUAAUCGAUUUAAUGGGGAGUUUCCAUCGGGCCUGCAGUCCCGUGUGGCCCCCGAGGAGUACCAGGCGACAGUAGCACGCAUCAACAGCGUACUGAAGAAAACACUGCCAGUUAAUGUUAAGUGGCUGUUCUGCGGCUGUGUCUGUUGUUGCUGUACUCUUGGAUGCUCUCUUUGGCCAGUCAUAUGUCUUAGUAAAAGGACACAACAUUCGCUGAACAAGCUGUUGGAAUGGGAGAACAGCCGGCUCUACAACAAGCUGGGGCUGCGCUGGCGGCUCACCAAACAGCACUGCGACUCCUCCUCCAUGAUGGAGUAUGUGCUGCUCAUUGAAUUCAUCCCUAGAAUACCUAUAUAUAGGCCCGACUAGAAUCUUACCUUGUUCCUUGUAAAUACCAAGUCACUUCAUCUAUCAUGAACUGUCAAUCUUAGCAAAUCGAACAUUGAAUUUUAAAUUCACAUGGCCAAGCCGACGAAUGUGUUAGCUGCUGUGCUAUUAUCAUAUUAGGCACCUGCUUAAAGGGGAGUUGCAUAUGUUUAGAAUAUUAACUUUUUAACGGAUUGUGCUAUGUCAAUAGAAUGUUUGAAGGUAGAGUGCUUGAGGAGUUCAGUCUCGGAAGCUGACCCAAUUUUGGUGUAAUGGUGUCCUUACCUAAUGCUAGAAUGUUUCCGAGUUAAAUGAGCUAUUAAAUGUUACGCUUACGUGUUCGGAUGUAGUCUUACCGUGAAACGGCCGUAAAUAUAUCUAUAAACAAGAUCUGUUCUAACAUUUGAUGCUGUUGCUGUAAGACUUACAAUGUUAAUUAAUAUUUGAUUGAACCUUGACAAUGUUAAAAUAAAAUAAAGUUAUGAUUUUUUUAAUGUAGUUAUCACAUUAUGAGAAUUGCAAGCUUCCAUUUGUUAAAUAUAAACGCUGUUAACUUAAUGUGUAUUUAUCUUUAAGAUGAUUGGUCUGAUAGUUGUUGAGGCGUUGAAAAAUAGAUUAAACGAAACGGCUAACAAAAAAAAACAUUAAAUAGAAUGUUUAUUUUGGCUUUAGGUAUCCUUAACAAAAGAUGAGAAGGUUUCGGUUGAUAUUUGUCAUAAAACUAGGUUUAAAAAAAAUGUGGUUUUUCGUAUGGCUGUAAUCUUUGAAAUACAUAUACAUAUGAGCUCUAAAAAAGUUCGUUAUUCCCACUAGUUACCAUCAAGUUGUUGCCAAUUGUUACCCACAACUGAGAAUAUUUUUCUCACCAUGUCCUCAAAUAUCUCAGUUGUUACCUUGUUACCACCAAACCGAAUUUGUGGUAACGUGGUUUUUAUUUCACACUUAUUAGGUCCACUGCUAACAACUUGGUGGUAACUAGUGGGAACAACCGAGAAGUUGUACCCAGUGUCUAAAAAUCUAGCUGCAUUGAAUCUGAAUGAACCUAAUGUUUAUAAUUACGUAAUUUAGCUUUUGCUGUUUCACUUGUUUCAUAUCAAUAAGAAAAGCAUUUGCUUGCCGUGUUCUUUUUGCUUCAAUUCUUCACCGACAUUUUACGAUAUCUUCCACUUUUAUAUCUCUAAACUUUUAUUUGUCUUUAUUUUAUAUUUACUCUGCCUAUAUAAAUAUUUAUUAGGCUUUUAUUGUGAAAAGACCAAGAGUUUUAUAUUUUUAUUUUGUACCUGAAAAUAUUAUCUAUAUAUUUGAGAAAAGCUUAGGAGUGCUUUAUAGCGACAAGAGAAGUAUGUAAUUUUGCGAAAUCGGAAAAUUUAUACUAGGCAAUGUUCGGGACUGUGUUAUUAGAUACUUAGAAAAUAUGUAGUACGUAUUCUACAUUAGAAAAAAUCCCGCCCUCUUUUCCCUUUUCAACAUGUUGUGAAUGAGGAUUCGUUUUGUGUGUAUCGGUUCAUCUCAUCGUUGUACAUUAACCCGUAGUUUUAAACGGCGUAUUUUGUUUCUCGAAACGCAAGUUAGACGGAAGUCGGGGGUCGUCUUGCCACCAAAUCGUUUAGCGAUGUUUAUUAUAAAGCAACGGUUGAAAAGCGAACAGGGUAUGUUGACACUAAGUUGUAAUUAAGGAAUUGUAAAUAUUUUUAAGCAUAGAUUAUUUUUGUUCAUAUAAUAAACCUCACUGUAUGUGAUGAAA